GAUCAGUUUGUCUUGUGCCAGCCUUGACUUCCUCCACUAUCCCCUCAUUAGGGGCAUGUGGUAAAGACUCCAAAACCUGUCCUUUCUCUUCCAGAUGACAGGACACAUCCAAAGUCCAAGAGGGCAUGAGAAGUCCAACCAGCUCCUACAGGAGGGACACAUCUGGGGCUCCAUGAGGAGGGCAGCUCUCAUCCUGGGCUCAGGGCUACUCCUGUCAGUGGCCUUCUGGAACUCAGUCACAUGGCAUCUUCAAAGAUUUUGGGGUGCUUCUGGCUACUUUUGGCAGACCCACUGGGAGAAACUGCUGUCUACUUUUGAAGGCAAUGAGUGGAUCCUGUACAUUAUAGGUGAGGUGUUGUCCUCGUGCUUCUGGGGGCUCAAUGGCCUUUUACUACUGGUAGACACAACAGGAAAACCCACCUUCAUCUCCCGCUACCGCAUCCAACUUGGCAAGAAUGAGCCGGUAGACCCAGUGAAGCUGCGUCAAUCUAUCCGCACAGUUAUCUUCAACCAGACCCUCAUCUCUUUCCCCAUGCUGGUAAUCUACUAUCCCUUUUUAAUGUGGAGGAGAGACCCCUGCUGCCGAGAACUGCCUACCUUCCACUGGUUCCUGAUGGAGCUGGCUGUUUUCACCCUUGUGGAGGAAAUCUUGUUCUACUACUCACAUCGGCUUUUGCACCACCCAAAGUUGUUCAAGAAAAUCCACAAGAAACAUCAUGAAUGGACAGCACCCAUUGGUGUGGUCUCAAUCUAUGCCGACCCUAUAGAACAUGUGGUUUCCAACAUGUUGCCAGUUAUGGUGGGUCUUCUAGCAAUGGGCUCCCACUUGUCCUCCAUCACUGUGUGGUUAUCCACGGUUCUCACCAUGAGCUUGCUCACCCACUGUGGCUACCACUUGCCCUUCCUGCCUUCACCCGAGUUCCAUGACUACCACCAUCUCAAGAAAGCUAACAGCACCACUGCUCAAGUGUUCAACCAGUGCUACGGGGUGCUGGAGGUGCUGGACCACCUGCAUGGGACAGAUUCCAUAUUUAAGAAGACCAAGGCUUACCAGAGGCAUGUCGUCCUGCUGGGCUUCACUCCUCUCUCAGAAAGCAUCCCUGAUCUUCCAGAGAAGACAGCGAAUGCACUUGGACCAUCUGGCCUGUUCCCUCAUCAGUAAACAGCCUGGGGACCAUGCAGCCCUUAAUGUGCCUCCCUUGGCUAUCAUACUCUAAGGUCAUGAUAGGAUCCGGGCUUCCCCCAAAUUAUUUCUCACAUCACUUAAGACUUAGUAUUUAGGUUGAAGGCUAGCCAGGAGAGACAAAUCACUGAGAGGCAGGGAGAAUGCCCUAGUCCUCUGCUCCACUCCCCCAUACAACUCCCCUGUGGUCUAGGCAGGAUAGAGAAUGGGGUGGCUGUUGGAUUGGCUCCAAAAGCUAUUCU